CCCUUCCCCAGUUCCCCUCCCACCACCAAAGAUAUCAUUUUCUAUGGAUUCUGGUAUGAUGAUGAUAUUCUCCCUCUUUCUCUUAACAUUCAAACAAGCAGCAAGAGCCAAACACUUUUGACUCUUUCCCAUUGUUCUAUGCAGUCCAACAACAUAGAUAGAUGUAACUUGCUACUCUUCAGUCUUCACCUAACAAUCCCAUUCUUCAAGGAUAAUGGUCUUUCUUUCUUCUUGAUAUCUGAUAAACCUGUUUUUUGGCUUAGUGUGAAAAGAGUAUCUGUCUCUUGCUUAUAUCUCAACUUUAAACUUCAUUUUAUCGAUCAGGAAAAAAAGAACUUCAUUUUAUCGAUCAGGAAAAAAAGAACUCCAUUUUUCUCUAGAGAGUUCAAAAAGAGAUACACUUUUUCCUCCAUUAAGAAAUUUAAGAUCCCCAUAAAAAAGAAGAGAACAAAAGAAAGACUCCAUUACUAUCUAUCUGUCUAUCAUCUUCUAUCUUUCAUUUCUCUAUUUCAAACAAUGGGGUUUAUUCAGGUUGCACUUUGUUACUUAGUAUUGCUAAGAAUAGGCAUAAUAGCAGCUAAAGAAUAUGAAUGGAGGUCCGCCAGUGCUACAUACAUCAAAGACUCAGAAGGGUCUAUCACUACAAAAGGUGCUUGUGGUUAUGGAAACCUUCACAUGAAAACAUAUGGGAAGUACAGUGCUGGACUGAGCGGUAUGUUAUUCAGCAGAGGGCGUACCUGUGGGGGUUGCUUUGAGAUUAGAUGUGUUGAUCACAUCCAUUGGUGCUUGCUUGGGAGUCCAUCAGUUACGGUCACCAUCACAGAUUUCUGCGCACCCAACUAUGGACUUCCAGAUGAAUAUGGUGGUUGGUGCAAUUUCCCAAGAGAGCACUUUGAAAUGUCUGAAACGGCUUUUGCUGGAAUGGCUGAUAAAAGAGCUGAUGUGGUGCCAGUUCAGUUUAGAAGGGUGAACUGUGAAAGAGAUGGGGGAGUGCGAUUUACACUGGGUGGAAGUUCUUACUUCCAUCAAGUCUUGAUCACCAAUGUAGGGUUGGAUGGGGAAAUUGUAGCCGUGAAAGUGAAAGGAUCAAAGACAGGGUGGAUACCCAUGGGGAGAAACUGGGGGCAAAACUGGCAGUGCAAUGUUAUCCUUCUAGGGCAGCCUCUGUCUUUCGAAGUAACAAGCAGUAGCGGGAAAACAGUCACAUCCUAUAAUGUUGCUCCACCAACUUGGCGCUUUGGUCAGACAUAUGAAGGGAAACAGUUCUAGAAGAUAUAAUGUUUAGAUAGGAUACCGACUUAGAUUUUUGAUCUGCCAAUUUCUAGUUUGUCAGGAAAAGAUAAGGAACUCAUGCUAUAUGUAUGAAUCAAGGAGAGUACUUUGAAAGGUUGGUUCCCGAUCACAAUUACAAGUUCAUGUAUAUGGGUUAUAAACACUGUAUUAUCUAUGUUCUCGGAUUAUUAUUAAGCCACUCAAGAGAGGGACUGGCACUCUUUCACUACCUGCACUGAACAAGGAAAGUGAACGAAAGCAACUCUAGGAAGAAUGUAAACGACAUGGAGAUAAAAAUGAUUCUAGCUUCCAGUAGUCUUUUAGGGAGCAAAUGCACUAGGUUGUACAAAGAGGUCCCAGGGUUUGAAUCCCAGCUGCAUUGGAAAUGGAGGAUUUUAAUUUUAAUGCUUAGUUACCUGGGCUUUGUAGGUAACAAGACAUAAAUAGUCUCUAGGGAAGCAAUUGAAAUAUUAUUAACUUGGUGGGAAAUGUAAUUGUCAAGAAAAAAGAAGCAUCUUACCUCUAUAUAUACGAAUUUUGCUA